ACACCGCGAGAAAUCAGUAUUCCAUCUUCAGCGGUCGGUUUCGCAUGUAUACUAAAAUACUGAUAACCUGUAUGCCUACCUUUACCUGUACGUCCUACUUAUUAUAAUAUUGUAAUUAUUGUGCAAGCGUGCAAACAGGUGUGUGUGUGUGUGUGUGUGUGUGUGCACGCGCGCGCGCGCGCGCGUCUAUCGUGUAUGUUGUGUGCGAAUGAAAUGUUAUGAUGGUUAAUAUACCAUCGAAAAUAAAGUAAUUAUUAGGAUCGAUCGCGCGCAAGAAACACCGUACGCGAUAAUGAUUGUUGCGGUACUGUUGCAACACUACUACACCGUCUUCGUAAAAUAAAUGGAUUUUAAUCACUAUCGUAGGUACCUAUAUGUUUUAGUUGUGAGUCUAUGGAGUCGAAAGAUGAAACAAACGGGCUAUGUGAGCCAAAAGGACUGUUCAUUAAAGAUAGAAAACAAGAUCAAGUCACACUAAGGUUUAAAAACUUAUAUUACACAGUCUCACUUGGAAUUGGGAAAGGAACCAAAGAUGUUCUUAAGGACAUUAAUGGUAUAUUUGCACCAAAUCAAUUGGUUGCUAUUAUGGGACCAUCAGGUGCGGGUAAAUCUUCACUUUUAGACGUUUUAUCUGGAUAUAAUUUGAAAGGGGUCCGAGGAAACGUUACUGUAAAUGGCGAAGAAAGGCGUUUAGAUAGUUUCCGAAGAUUGUCUUGCUAUAUUCAACAAGAUGAUCGCUUGCAACCGCUGUUAACAGUGUAUGAAAACAUGAGCAUUGCUGCAAAUCUUAAGCUCUCUAUGGAUAAAACUCAAAAAUAUAAAGAUGCUGUGGUGGACGAAAUAUUAUCUACACUGGGUCUCGACAAAUGUAAGGCUACGAGAACUGGAAGAUUAUCCGGUGGUCAAAAGAAAAGACUUUCAAUAGCUCUAGAAUUAAUAAACAAUCCAAUGGUCAUGUUUCUAGACGAACCAACGACUGGCUUAGACAGUUCUUCGUGUUCUCAAUGCAUAUCACUUCUUAGAUUAUUAGCUCACCAAGGAAGAACCAUAAUAUGUACAAUUCAUCAACCUAGUGCAUCAUUAUUCCAAAUGUUUGACCAAGUUUAUAUACUUUCACAAGGCACAUGUUUGUACCAAGGAUCUACUGGCAAUAUAAUACCAUAUCUAACAAAACUUGAAUUGCCCUGUCCCAUCUAUCACAAUCCAGCCGAUUUUGUGAUUGAAUUGGCUUGUGGCGAUCACGGAAAUGACAUAAUUCAAAAGAUGGCAAAAGAAAUUGAAAAUGGGAAAUGUUUAACAUGGACAGGACAUUCUGAUUUACUAGCAAUCAAUGACGCACCUUCGGCAGACGAAAUUAAAAAAAUAUCAAAAAAGGUCGACGUGAUUCAUGAAACUUCUGCCUACAAUCAAUUGAAAUGUUUAUUACAUCGAGGAGUUUUAAAAUGUAAAAGAGAUCCGGAUUUGACUUAUCUACGAAUAGGUGUAAAUAUAACAGUAAGUUUAUUAUUAGGUACACUAUUUUUACAAAUCGGCGAUGAUGGCAGCAAAAUUUUUGAUAACUAUAAUUUACUUUUUUCCAUUCUCAUGCAUCAUGUUGGAUCGACUUUAAUGUUAAAUAUUAUUAAUUUUCCUGCUGAAAUCUCUAUAUUGACAAAAGAACAUUUUAAUAGAUGGUAUUCAUUAAAAUCGUACUAUAUCGCUACAAAUAUACUUGAUAUUCCAAUUACGACACUUGGUUGUUUGAUAUUUUCAGUGAUUAUUUAUUUAAUGACAGGACAACCAUUGGAAUGGAAUAGAUUUGGCAUGUUUACAUUCAUUAGUUGGUUAAUGGUUCUUAUUUCUCAAAGUUUAGGAUUCAUUAUUGGCGCUUGGUUUAGCGUUAUUAACGGUAACUUCGUUGGACCCAUUAUCGUUGUUCUGUUGAUGAUGUUCAGUGGCUUUGGUGUGAAUCUCCGUGACAUCCCAUAUCUAUUAAAAUGGGGAACAGAAAUAUCAUUCUUGAGAUACGGUUUGGAUGCACUAGUCGCUGCUAUCUAUGAUAAACGUGGCAUUUUGCCAUGUUACUCUUUGUAUUGCCAUUACAAGUAUCCAACAAAGUUUUUAGAUGAAGUCGCAAUGACCACUGAUAAUUUCAAUUAUGAUGUAUAUGCAUUAGUCAUCACUCUACUGAUCACUAGAAUAGUUGCAUACUUUUUGUUACGACUUCGAGUCAGAUCCAGAGUGUCAUUAUAAUAUUAAGAUUACUUCGUUGUAUGAACGAACGACACACUAUACAAUUUACUUACUUAUAUAUAUACCUGUUUUUGUGAAUUUGUAUAUAAAAAUUUAUACAUUUAGGUUUAGAGAACGUGUAUGAUCUGUGAAGAUUUAGUGACAAUUUUUUUUUUUAUUUAUGAUUAUUUUAUUUUUAUUUUUAUUAUAGUUGU